AGUUUCCGAACCCUUGCUUGCCACAGGAGCAUUGGCGACCAUAGCCAAGAUAGCUAUUAGCCACCGAAGCGUACAGCCAAUCUGAUUGUUGAGCAUGUCUUUUGAUAGCAUUGCUACUCAUAUUGGUACCAGUACUGGUGCUAGUACUGGUGCCGCUGCCAACAAUAGCAGUGUCGAACCCAAUAAGAAACAGAAAAUGUCUCCUCCCUUUGAUUCUCUUCUGUUGGCUGACGGUGGUGAUCUUUUGAUCCAUGGCAUUCUCCCAUUUGUUGGUGUUGGACAGUACGCUUUUAUAGCAGCUGUCAAAAAGAAGAUGAAUAAACUGUACAAAGAGUACUGCAAAGUUGAGCUCAAGAAAAAUCCAGCAACAGUAAAAGAUCGCCCUGGAACGUAUUGUCCCAGUCGCUCUGCAGAAAGCACCGACACUCUUUGCAGUAAAACAUUCUGUAACCAGCCACGUGCAGAGUACUGGCUAAAGGACAAGUCCAGCAACAAAAAACCUGACCAUUGUGAUGUUUGUAAUGCAAUUGCUACAGUUGGAAAUCUGACUGUCAUGAAAUGGGCACAACAACAACGAUUCGCAUGGGAUGAGACGACAUGCUGGCAUGCUGCUAAGAAUGGACAUUUGGAAAUGCUCCAAUGGUUAAGAGAGAAUGGCUGUCCUUGGGAUAAGUGGACAUGUACUCAAGCUGCUCAAAGAUGGACAUUUGGAGAUUUUAAAGUGGGCUCGUGCAAAUGGUUGUCCAUGGAAUGCAGAGACGUGCACUUUAGAAAGCUGCUGCAGGUGGACAUUUGGAACUUUUGAAGUUGGUUGGUGAAAAUGGUUGUCCAUGGAAUGCAGAGACAUGCGCUGAAGCUGCUGCAGGUGGACAUUUGGAAGUUCUGAAGUGGGCUCGUGCAAAUGGUUGUACUUGGGAUGAGAUGACAUGCUGGCAUGCUGUUGUAGGUGGCCAUUUGGAAAUUUUAAAGUGGGCACGUGAAAAUCGUUGUCCGUGGAGUUUUGCGACAUAUCAUGCUGCCUGCAGGUAUGACCAAAGCGACGUGAUCCAGUGGCUGCGUGACAAUGGCUGCCCUGGGUUUCUUGACGAAGGACACUAAUAUCUCAAGGACCUGUGUUCCAAUCAUGUUGGUCAACCACUACCAGCCACAUUCUUCUCCGUUUUUUUUUGUUAACUCGACGAAACCACCCUUGAAGACUAGUGUAUCGAGUUGCUGGAGAGAUACAUCUGCAGUUCAGUUCCCUUCUUCGAUAAUUAUCUAGCUGUUGAUACUCUCUAGCUAGCCCUUCUGAUGAUGUUUCCUCUGGCAGGUGGUUGGGCUACAGACAACACACCUCUAAUCUACAAACGGAGCCAAUGGCUGUAAAGAGUGUGUGCACAACCAAGUCAAUUUGCCAGCUUUUGUCAAGUGGCUUGCAAGAAGUCCAUGUGAUGACAUGCAUGCCUAAACUUAAAUAAAAAAGCUGUGAUCUACCU